GAUUGGAUGUCUCACCGUGAAACCUAUUCACGUCGGUCACCUGUGGCACCACUCCCAUAUUUCACAGUCACACUUCCCUGUUUGUUUUGUAUGAGAGAAAAUGGCUGCGUUGACCAGCAUUUCCAUCGAAGAAGAUCAGUUCAGCUGUCCAGUGUGUCUGGAUUUCCUUCGGGACCCUGUGACCAUUCCCUGUGGACACAGCUACUGCUUGGAUUGUAUUGACGACUAUUGGACCAGGAACAAGAACAAAGGGUAUUUCGGUUGUCCACAGUGCAGGCAGCUGUUCAACCCAAGACCUGCGCUCAGUAGAAACACCGUUCUCUCGGAAGUGGUGGACCAGAUUCAUGCGAGCAACAUAAGAACUGACAGGCAGCACUCGCUCAAAGCAGAGCAGGUGGUCCUAUGCGGAGUUUGCAGCGGAAGCAGAAAGAGGGAGGCCGUAAAGUCCUGUCUGGCCUGCUUGGAGUCGUACUGCGUGGCCCACUUGGGAGUCCACGACGACCAGUUUCGAGGGAAUGCGCACAAACUCACCACACCUUUGGCUCGGGUCAGGGACAAACUUUGCCGCCACCAUGAUAAAGUUCUCAGGGAGUACUGUUGGACAGACCAGCAGUGUGUGUGUGCUCAGUGCGUGCGGCAUAAACACAGGGGCCAUGAUACGGUGCCGCUGGCCGAGGCGCGAGCCACGCAUGAGAGGAAGCUGGCAGACGCGUCUUUUAAAUCCUUACAGAAAUACAAAGAGAUUAAAAAGGAGCUUAAAUAUAUUGUGAAUUAUAUCAAGCAUUCAACGCAAGCCGUGAUGGACGAGAGUGAGAGAACCUUCUCUAAACUCGCGCGCUUGAUCGAGAAGCAUCGCUCCGAGGUGAGGAAGCUGAUCCGAAGCCAAGAGCAGACCGUGCUCCAAGAGACGGACGAACUGCUGGGGAAACUGGAGAGGGAAUCCAAAGAGCUAAAGAGGAGAGGUGCUGAGCUGGAGGAGCUCUCCAAUACCGACGAUCAUCUCCAAUUCCUUCAGAAGUGCAAGUCCUUCCAUUUCCCUGCUGAGACAGUGGAUCUGCCUAGCACAGAUGUACUUCCAUACCGGAUGUACAAGUCCAUGAGGGGCGCUCUGGUGGAGCUCAGGGCAGCGCUGGCAGAGGUGUGUGAGAAUGAGCUCCUCCGGGUUUCGGACAAGGUGGGUUCUCUAAAGAAAGCCUAUAAAAAUUCCAUCGAGAUCGAAAAUGUGGAAGGGAAAGAUGUGGUCCCCCUGCACAGUGCCGAGCUCAAGACCAGGGAGGACUUCCUGCAAUAUUACCACGAUUUAUCACUGGACUCCAGCACAGCCAACCCAUAUCUGAUCCUGUCUGAUGGGCGGAGAGGGGUGACCACAUGGUCCGAGGCCCAGCCAUACCCAGAGAACCCGGGGCGCUUCACCCGCUGGGCCCAGGUGCUGUGUAGGGCGGGCAUGGCCGGCCGCUGCUACUGGGAGGUCGAAUGGAGCGGAGUGGGAGGGGUCUCCGUGGGAUUGUGCUACAAAAGCAUGGCCAGGGAGGGAGCCGGGAGCGACUGCAAGCUGGGACACAACUCCAAAUCCUGGAGUCUGGACUGUUCCCCUUCGGCCUGUUCCUUCCAGCACGACAAGGACACUGUGGCCAUAGCCGUCCCCUGUGCCAACAGAAUAGGAGUUUAUAUGGACUACAGGGCUGGUAUUCUCUCUUUCUACAGUAUUCCAGAUGGGAUGAUUCUCCUGCAUACAGUCAGGACCACGUUCACCCAGCCCCUCUACCCAGGAUUCUGGGUGGGGCUUGGCUCCACAUUAAGACUAUGCCCUUUUAAAUGGUUAUAGCACAGUUGCAAUGUAUGAUACAGUAUGAGUAUUUGGCAUUAUAUCAAAUCAAUGUACGCCAACACCAGAUCUUUGUGCUUAAAGUGCAGGAUUUUAUUAAGAACCAGGCAAGCAGAAAGCAGAAGCAACACUUUGGUGGAGCAGGGAGCGGGACGGCGACGAUGCUUAGAUCUUGUUGAAUGCGGCCACAUCCACACUCUGGAUCUGUAUUGAGAAAGACAUUAACGCGUCACAACGUCUGAUCAUUUGAAUUAACACUUGCAAAAAAGAAAGGCACCAUGAUAAAAAAAAUCCUUCUCAUUGAGAACAAUAAUUACAAACAAAUGUAAUCAAUAAAUUUGAAAGAUAUGAAAGAAACUGCAUUUUUGGUAGAAUGACACUUUUCCUGGCAAAACAGGCCCGGUUAUAUAUAAAAAAGGAAGGUCUCAUUUUGUAAGUGACAUUACAACCAGUUUAUAUGUUGUCAGUUUAAAGCUAUUUAUGCACUCAAAUCCUACACGUUCCUUUAAACAGUAUUGUACAUGCAUGAAAAUGAAACCUAGCCAUCAUGUUUCUAGUUACAACCAUGGUGAAUGCAGAUGGUUCUGAAGGUGUCUUGCGUUGCCAGAGCGUACUCACAUAGUCCUCGAACUUGGUGAUCUCCUCCUCCAGCAGGUCUGUGCCCACCUUGUCGUCCUCCACCACACAGUUGAUCUGCAGCUUCCUGAUGCCGUAGCCCACCGGCAGCAGCUUGGAGGCCCCCCAUAGGAGCCCGUCGGCCUGCACCGAGCGCACACACUCCUCCAGCUUGACCAUGUCCGUCUCGUCGUCCCACUGGUGGAAUGACGGAUUAAGGGGGAACAAAAAUAUGGGCUG